UUUUUCCUCACUAAACCACACCAAAACCCCCCAAGAAUGGCGCUUUUCCUCAUUGAAACCAAAUCUGUACUAGCUCUGGCACUUGCAGCAAUAGUUCUCACAGUCGGGACGCCGGUCCUCGGGCAAAACUGCGGCUGUGCACCCGACUUGUGCUGUAGCCAGUGGGGCUACUGCGGCACCGGCAAUGGCCAGUCGGGCCCGUGCUCCGCCCCGCCCAGCAGCAACGGCGUUUCCGUUCCGGAUAUUGUGACCGACCAGUUUUUCUAUGGAAUUGCGGAUCAGGCUGCCGCGAGUUGCAGCGGGAAGGGAUUCUACACCCGCGCAGCGUUUCUUGAAGCGCUCAACUCGUAUCAGCAGUUUGGUACUGUGGGUUCGUCAGAUGAUUCGAGGCGUGAGAUUGCAGCGUUCUUUGCGCAUGUCACGCAUGAGACUGGACAUAUGUGCUACAUUGAGGAGAUCGACGGCCCAUCUAAAGACUAUUGCGACGAGACCAACACACAGUACCCAUGCGCGCCCAACAAGGGCUACUACGGGCGGGGACCGAUACAAUUGUCGUGGAACUUCAACUACGGCCCAGCAGGCAAUAGCAUAGGAUUUGAUGGUUUGAACAACCCAGAAAUUGUGGCGACGGGUCGAGUCAUAUCUUUCAGGACUGCCUUGUGGUAUUGGAUGAAUAAUUGCCAUGAUCUCAUUGUUUCCGGCCAAGGCUUUGGGGCUACGAUUCGCGCCAUUAAUGGUCGUCUUGAAUGUGAUGGGGCGAACCCGGACACAGUAAGCGCUCGUGUCCGGUAUUACACACAGUAUUGCAAUCAACUCCAAGUUGAUCCUGGCAAUGAUUUGAGAUGCUAAUAUAUAGAAGGUUGUAGGUUUUUCUUUUUCUUUUAUAUAUAAAUAUAUACACAUACUUGGUACUAUAGUUGGAAUUGUAUCCAUAUGAUAUGAUCAUAUGUUUUAGUUAAAUUGUUGGUGUGCAAUAAAUCCCCAAAUAUUAAGUUUGGAUCGUUUUGGUGAUACUUUAGGUUAUGACAAAAUAGUAAUGCAUUUACUUGUUCUUAA